AUUAUAUAGUAGAGAGGUUGUCAUGGCUAUCCAAAUAGGAAAACUAACCUAAUCAGGAAAUAUAACCCGCCAAGCAAGUCUAUCCUCUUAUUGGCUGCUGCUGUCCCCGCAUAUUCUCACUUCAUCCAGUUCACGUCACUCCCCUUCCAUUUCAUCUCGCAAGAUGAAUACGCGAUGAAGACAAAACAAAAGUCAGUCUGCCAGACAUGUAGGAAACGCAAAUUAGGGUGUGAUGGAAAACGGCCAGGAUGCAGCCAAUGCGUACUAACAGGCCGUGAGUGCGAUGGAUAUACGACCAGCUGGACAUUUAUCCCGCAGAAGGCUCAACCUCAGUCUCUGCCUAAAACCCAGGAGUUAAGACUCCAACCAAGCAACGACAUCAUCCAACUAGUUAUAAACAGCUACAUUCCCGGGAGCGAAAUCACCGCAAAUACAUCAGAUCAUACGCAGUCUCGAAUAUGCGGGUCGUGGGUCGAAGCUCUUCCGGUUCUUCAUUGUCGACAUACCCCCAAUUCCGUCUUAUUCACGGCUAUACAGGCAUUAUCUACAUCGAUUAUUUCGAAAAAUGCACUCGACUGUUUGCAGAGUUAUCAAGUAGCCAUCCAAACUCUCAGGAAGAGUUUCACGACUGGCCAUGAUGUAGAUGUGAUAGCGGCUAUUAUGUGUUUGACUUUGGUGGAGGUGAUGCUCCCUGAAUCAGCGUCAGCGCUGACAGCACAUAUUAAAGGCGUCGGUCUCGUGCUGCAAGCACACGGUGCGGAGUCGUGUAAAUCAGGCGUGUUGCAUAAGCUGUUUGUUGGCUUUCGGCCUCUUCUAAUCACCGAGGCAUUCCGCCAUCGAAUGCCCAUCUUCCUAGCACAGGAAGACUGGAUCAACGUCCCUUUUUCUGUCUUUACUCCUUCCCCAAUGCAGAAUCUGCUAAGUAGGAGCGUUGGUAUUCCAGCACUACUGCAGCGGAUUGAUACUCUUUUGGAUACGCCUUGUCAACAAACCCCAGAUGAAGUAAGAGAGACAUUCUUCUCUUUCAUCGACGCGAUGAGAAAUCUAGAGGCGCUCGAAACAUCCCUACACCUCCAGGCAGAAAGUAAAACCCACUGGUCUCGUGGUGCAGAUAUUUGGUAUCCCAACGUGACCAUGGCAAACGUCCAUACGCAUCUAUGGACAUUUAAAAUCAUCUGUCUAACGGAAAUGGAAAGACUGGGACUAUUCUUCCCGUGUAUUAUCCUCGAGGACGCAUCCCUUUCAUCACGAUUUCAAUUCGACCAUGUACAGGCUGAUACUGUGGAACUGGGAAGACAUAUCUGCCAGAGUAUGGAGUAUUUACUGCAAGACGAGAUGAAGUUGUUUGGGCCUGCGUCGACGUUCUUUCCGUUGAGGGUUGUGUAUGAGCGAUUUCUUGCGAUGGGGGAUAGGUGUAAAGAAGAUGCUGGGUAUGUGGAGGGUGUUGUUGGGAGGUUGGUUGGGAAGGGUCUUCGAUCUGCUCCUGUUAUUAUAUUUGACGUUGAAUAGUCUUAUAUAUCCUUUCGUGCGUAUCGACUGUAGUUCUUUCUCAAAGUCUCUC